ACCAUUACCAUCACUGAUCACCCUUCCCCAUUGUUCUCUUCUCUCCAUCUGUCUGCCACUCCAUUAAUGUCGGUUCCUAUUCUCCUACCCACAAUGACCCCUCAAGAUACUCGAGAGGAAAAGGAAAAAAAAAUCAAAAUUCCAAAACAGACACAGGAACGAGCUCAACAAAACUCUUCCGUCAUUUGAGAAUCAGAGCACAUUUUGAUUCCCAAGGUUACAGUUUCUGGUGGUUUUGUUUCUCUGAGUUUUGGUGAUAGAUCAGAUUAACAGACAGGGUUUUGAGAAUGUCGACAGUUGGGAAUUCGACAAACAUAUUUUGGCAAGAAUCACCCAUUGGGAAAGCUGAAAGACAAAAGUUGUUAAACCAGAAGGGUUGUGUGGUGUGGAUCACAGGGCUCAGUGGCUCAGGGAAAAGCACGUUAGCUUGCUCGCUGAGUAGAGAGCUUAACAACCGAGGAAAGCUAUCAUAUAUUCUUGAUGGGGACAAUCUUCGUCAUGGUUUGAACAAAGAUCUUGGUUUCAAGGCAGAGGAUAGAGUUGAAAAUAUACGCAGGGUCGGAGAAGUAGCAAAACUCUUUGCGGAUGCUGGUUUGAUCUGCAUCGCCAGCCUCAUAUCUCCGUAUAGAAAAGACCGUGAUGCCUGCAGGGAGAUGAUGCAGGAUUCAUCAUUUAUUGAGGUUUACAUGAACAUGUCUCUACAAUUGUGUGAAGCAAGAGACCCUAAAGGCCUAUACAAGCUAGCCCGUGCAGGAAAGAUCAAAGGUUUCACGGGAAUAGAUGAUCCGUAUGAAUCUCCCUUGAAUUGUGAGAUAGAGUUGAAAGAGAAAGAAGGAGAGUGUCCUUCCCCUGUAGCUAUGGCUGAAGAAGUCAUCUCUUAUUUAGAAGACAAAGGUUUCCUUCAAAACGAGUAACCCUUCACCAUAUAAUCCAACGGCUGGGAUUAGUUUCAUUUUUUCCUUUUCUUUUCUGGGUGUUCUCUCUGGUUAUUUUACUUUCCGGAGUUUUCAAUUAUGAAGACAUAUCACAUAUAUAUACUAUAUAGCUCCAUCUCUUUCUUCUGGAACCUAUCAACUUUUCUAUACUGAAUGUCUGAAACACAAGUCAUUAAACAGCACAGUCUUACAAAGCUAAA